GAAACAACAGAAACAAACAUGGCGUCGAACAGACAACCAGUUGCUAAAGGUGGAUUGUGGUCAUCACAGUCAGCUCCAGUCAGCAAGGAGACUCAAAAUCUGUUAAAAGUUAUGAUGGAAGAAUCGAAGUUGACGAACUUUCAACGAAGACAGUUGCAAGACAGCAUGAAAAAGGGUCAAUCUCUACCUGUUGCCUGUAACCCCACAACAAGUAGAAAUGAAAGCAGAGUACAACUAACAAGUGCAUCCAAAAAACCAUUACCUAAAGUGAUGAAUGCAAGACACCUUUCAGGAGGAAAGAAGACAAAGGAGACAAUUGAUAUACAAAAGAGUGUGGAACCACAGCAGAUUUAUCGACCAGCUCCAGGAAAAUUGAUUUCAGAGAAAGAUAAAAGGAGACUUCAGAAUGUGAUGGCAUAUGGCGAGCAUGGGAAGGACAUAGAAGAUGUUCCAACACAGAGAAGACCACCACCCAAAGAAAUGGCACCAGAAAAAGAAGUUGAUAGAUUUGAUGAGAUUCUUCAGGAAAUAGAAGAUCGUAAAAGUUUCCUAGAUGAGAUGGAGGCUCUUGGAGAAGGAAAGAAAUAUAGAACCAUAAUAAUGACAGAGAUAUCACAGAAAAUAAGGGAGCUUGAACUUAUAGACAAGGAAAGAAGCAAAGAGCUCAAUCUGGCUGAGUAGCAAGAGCCCAAGUGAAGAGUGGAGACAUUUUUAUAUUUAAAAAUAAAUUAUUUCUCACCACUUAGGUACUAGAGUAAAUUCAGCUUCAGCUUCUAGAAACUCCUCUUACCUGAUCUUUAGAGUGGAUUCAUGCAAAACUGCUAUGUUCCCAUUAGUGCAUUGAAAAAUUUUAUGGAGCCAGUAUCUGUGAGUGUGGCCCAAAUUGUGGGUAUUAUUUGUGGCCCUGAUCUCUUCUUACAGACUCAAAACAUAUUUUUCCUGUCCGACAACUGAACAAAGAAACACACUUGUGUAUGAAGUUGAAGGGUAUUUUUGCAGAGUGUGUUCUUUUUCUGAAUGGAAAAACAAUAAUGGUGUGAUACCCUAAACAAGAGCAGAGAAUGUACCACCAACUUGUAAAAAUAUUUUUUAUUGAAAGUUCUAUUUGAUCUGUAUAUUGUCAACCUCUUAGUGUAAGAUAUAGAUAUUUAUGUAUAUCAUACACAUUUUUUAGUGUUAUACCUAACCUAAACUAACAUUAAUUUUCAAAAAAAUAGUUCUUCUUGUAUCACCCUUCAACCUCAAGUUCACAACACUUCUGUUACUUUUGAACACACAUGCAAUUUGGAGGUGUGUCAAAAAUCACUGCCUGCUGUCCAAACAUUUAAAUGCAAGAUAAAGUCCAAAAAUUUAAUCCUGUCUUGCUCUAACCAAGGCUUGUAAAACCAACCCUUUCAAAGACUAUGACCCUUUAGCAGCUAUGUACCAGACACCAUAGGGGCCUAGUGCUCAAUUUGAUGAAUAAAGUAAUUUAUAUUAAUUAAAAUGGGACAUUCUUGAAAGCAUCAAGGCAAAGAAAAAGAAUCUAAAUAAUUUUUUAAUCCAUAUUGUAACCAUCUCAUAAUCAUCCUAAGCACAGAAAUAUCAAGCAAAGCUCAGCAAUGCUGGUUAAACCAGUAAUCUACUUAUGUCAAGAUUAAAUGUUCUGACUUCUCCACAAAGGUAAUGCGAAACUUUGUAGGAUGUACAUGUAAAUGAAGUCUGGCUCAAGCUAUGGUUUAAACAACUUAUGGACCAGCAGAUUUCUUUAAAAGUGGUUUGUUUGAAGUGAAAAAUUAGAUUAUUUUAUGAAGUGUUAGAUGCCAGCCUUCUUUGAAAUGUUCACACCAAUCAAUAUUCAGAUAAAACACUUAAUUUGGCCAAAUAGGAGAUAGCCUGUGAGCAGGCCGUUUCAGCACAAGUUCACAAGGAAAGUAUGAGGCCUUCAGCGACUGGAGCUGGCAAGAGGUCUUCAAGGGAUUGAGUACUGAGAAUGAGGCAAACCUCUCCCUGACUUGUCUCAAAUCUUCUUGUGGGGAGAGAAAUGUGCAUCCUGCAGCAUUUAUAAUGAGGGCCUACUUAAAGGCUAAAUAGAACAUUGUUAAGCAUUUCCACCCUAACAUCAGUAUGCAUAUUCUUCUUACUCUUCUCUAUACAUUUCCUUUGAUACUGACAAGGAGAAUUCAUUUACCAAUCACAGCUUCUUAGGUUGUGAUCAUUUCCUUUAUUCUCAUGAUCUAAAUGAAUGAUUCACCAGUAUUAUUGUAAGGAGAAAUUAGACACUGGCUACUCAGGGAUUAAAUGGUUAAGAGUGGUUUUUUCUUAAAAACAGCUUAAGUUUGAUAAAAAUAAGUAGCCCCCAUAGACCACAGUGUACAUGAAAGCCUUUCACACCAAAAAGAACAAAAAAAAUCAACUUCUCAACUGUUCCUAAUAAAAAGUUUGAAAACCAGAAACUAGAAAAUGUGUUUGGAUGAGAACUGUGAUGCUACACCUCCCUGUCAAUGUCUAAAGUACAAAACUAUCCAACCGUUGAAAUCAAAAUUAUUCUGCUAUCAAUCAGAGAAUUCCAUAAAAUACAAAAUGCACCAAAAUUGAAAGAUGUUACAACUGCUAAAAUCUUUGACAACAGUCUAAAACGUUAGCCUAAUUGCUACAGUUCGUUGCUUGAGAUUGUGCUUGCUGCUGAAAGAGGUUAACACAACAGUUUGAAAAGGCUCAAACAUUUUAAUCAGCAUCUGAAGAAAAUUCAUUGUCACUUGAGACUACUGCUGCUAGCAAUAAAAUCUUGAAAAUGCAACUUUGGUGUAAUCUGGUCUCUGAUUCCAGCUGUUUUCAGGCACUGUGGCUAUACCUUUUGAAAUACAAAGAAAUGUCAGUGUGGAACAAAAUGUAACAAUAUCUAAUAAUAUCACCAUCAUCAUCAUGGGUAUUAUUAAAAGCUGUGUUCAUGGA